AUGGCGGGGUUCAUGAAGCUCUUUGCGGCCACUUCAGUUCCUGGAGUAUUGCGCAUCCCUGGCCGUUGGGUGUGGAGCGAGAAUAGCAUCGGUCCCUGGGGCUAUGUAGUGUUGCAAGAGGAUGCAGCAACGCUGGUGGACCCUCCAUAUUUCUCGCAGGAACUUGCGACACAAAUCCGCGAGAUAGCUCCAAAGGGCGUGUCUCACAUUCUCCUCACCCAUGAUGAUUUUGUUGGAAUGAGUGGCCAUGAGCAGUGGCAUCAAGAAUUUGACCAACAACCUUUGCGUGUGGCACACCGUGCUGAUUGUCAUGGGCUAGAGCUUCAACUUGACGGUCCUGGCCCUUGGAAGGUUGGAGACUUUGAUGUGUACCAUGUGCCGGGCCACUCCGCUGGAUCUCUCUUCUACGCGCUUCCCAAGUUGUCGGCGAUUUUCACGGGGGACAGCUUGGGUGAUUGGUCUGGCCCCACCGGCUUCCCGCAGCAUUGCCGUUUCGGGCGAAGCCGCCAAGCUGCUUCGUUGCGAGGCUUUGCGAAACAUGCCGGGUCAUGGCAAGCCGUGCUGCCGGGUCAUGGCAAGCCAAUGUAUUUUCAAAAGGAAGCGCAGUGGCUCGAAGCCAUCAAUCAGGCAGCGCGUGGGUUGGAGGGUUCUGUGCUUAGUUGCAGAGGGGCACGAACUACGAAGUUGAGACGAAUUGCAAUGUUAAAAUCGCAUCUGUAA